AUGUCAAAACCGUUUGGUAAAGCAAUGUCAAAACCAUUUGGUGGAGUUGGUGGUUGUAGUAGUGGUGGUGGUGCUAAUGGUAGUUGUGGAGGUGGUGGUAGUGGUGGUGGCAAUGGCAACAUGGUGGUGGUGUUGGUUGUGGAGGAGGUGGUGGAUGUGGGGGUUUUGGAGGAGGUGGUGGUUGUGGUGGUAGUGGUGGUGGUGAUGGAUAUGGAGGUUUUGGAGGAUGUGCUUUGA